GGGACCCGCGCCGGGCCGGGCCGGGGCCGGUGCGGAGCCGGUCCCGCCAUGGAGGAGCCGGGCUGCGGGGCGCAGUUCCGCGCCGCCGUGCAGGUGAUCCAGGGGCUGCCGCGGAGCGGUGCGUACCGGCCCUCCUACGAGGAGAUGCUGCGCUUCUACAGCUACUACAAGCAGGCGACGGCGGGGUGCUGCCAGGGCCCGCGGCCCGGCUUCUGGGACCCCAUCGGCCGGUACAAGUGGGACGCCUGGCACAGCCUGGGCAGGAUGUCCAAGGAGGAGGCGAUGGCCGCGUACGUGGCGGAGAUGAAGAAGGUGGCCCAGAAGGUCAUUGACACCGUGCCCAUGGACGACACCACCGAGGACAUGUUCCGCUACUUCGAGCCGCUCUACGAGGUGAUCCACGACAUGCCCCGGCCCCCCGAGUCCUUCUUCAAGAGGAAAGGGGAGAGCCAGGGGAGGCCAGAUGGCCCCAGCCAGGAUGUCCUAGCGAGCAGCCCAGCUCGGGAGAGCCCCAGAGACACCGUGCCUGGGGAGCAGCAGGACGGGCAGCAUGGGCCAGGAGCUGGGCUGGCUCCUGCCCCCGAAGCAUUCAAGGGGAGCCAGGUGACAAGUGACUCUGAAGGGGACACGUUUUGUGACACCCUGGAGCAGAUGGAGCCUGAGAAGGCUGGGCAGGUGCGGGGGCUCACCCCAAAUGGGGUCCAGGCUGGAACUGAGCCCACAGUGCCCCACAGUGCUGGGCAGGGCGAGCGGAGCGAAGGCAGAAGAGCCGAGGGGAGCAGCAGCACUGACCUCACAGCCCUGGGUUCCGAGAGAGAUGUCCAGCUGGCAGGGGAGGACCCCGGGAGCACCCCCGAGCUGGCCCCAGGGCUGGCGGCGGAGCUGGAGGCCCACGUGGCCAGCACGGUGUGGGCACUGCAGGAGGAGCUGCGGCGAGCGCGGGAGCGGCUGAGCCGGCUGGAGACACUCGGUGCUGCCCAGGACCAAGGCUGGUGCUGCCCGAUCCGGCCCACAGUAUGGAAAGGUGCUGCCCUUCGCUGCCGUUGCCUCCCUUACUCCACUGCCCCCGGGGUCCUGGCCCAGCUGCAUGAUCUGGAUCCUUUGCAGGAGCCCUGCAUGGACUCCCCAGGCCAUUCCCUCCCUCUCACAAGGGCACAGAGGCUGGAAGGGGGGAUGCCAGCCCCACCUGCACCCCAAAUCCUUUCCUGUCUUGCAGGGGGAUGCAGGUGGGAUAGACCCGGGUCCAGCACUUGCUCCACAGGCGAUGUCUCUGUGGCACCUGACCAUGUACCCGCGAACGCUGCUCUUCCUGGUCACUUGGCCCUUCAUCACCCAGUGGCUGCUGCGCCACUGGCAAGGCAAGAAGAGGUGACCACCCGAUCCCUGCUGCCAUCGCCACCCCUCCUUCCCCACCCCACUUCGCAUGAAGCGCCACGGAGCCAUGCAGGAAUCACCUCACCAGCCAUAGGGCUCUGCGAGCCAGGCCUGCCCUGGCGGGGCAUCCCCAGGCACGGCCACCGACCCUCAGGGCCAGCACCGGGAGCAGGGGUGGCAUCGCCCUGCAUAGACCCCGGGCAGCCACCUCGCUGCUGCCACGCACAGACGAACCAGGACCAGCUGCAGCCCCGCCGGUGGCAGGGACGGCCACGGGCCCAUCCUGGCCACCAGGGCCGUGGAGUGCUGGGAAAUCACGGAACCAGCCUCAAUUAAAGUUGCCUUUUCAGUUCACAGCAGCCCGCUGCCUGUGCCCUGCUAGGGGAGGGGACUUCAGCGAAAUGC